CAAAGAAGAGAGAGCAAACAACUUCACACACUCUUUCUUCAUUUUGUUCUAGGGUUUUCUUUGUUUGAAUUAGGGUUUGUUUUUCAUUCCUGAUUCAAUUUUCAUUUUCUGAGAAUGGCACAAGAAAAAUCAACUGGUACUGUUAAGUGGUUUAAUACUACGAAAGGUUUUGGUUUCAUAACUCCUGAUGAUGGUGGUGAAGAUCUUUUUGUUCAUCAAUCAUCGAUCAAAUCUGAUGGUUACAGAAGUCUUUCUGAGAAUGAGCAAGUAGAGUUCGAGAUUGAAACUGGUGGUGAUGGAAGAACUAAGGCUGUGAACGUUACUGGUCCUGGUGGUGAAAAUGUUAAGGGAGGUGACGGAGGAGGUGGUGGUGAUAGCUAUGGUGGAGGUGGAAGAGGAGGUGGUCGAGGUGGCGGUGGUGGUGGCUAUGGUUCUGAUGACCGAUCUGGUGGUGGUGGCUAUGGAAGCAGAGGUGGUUCUGGAGGUGGAUACGGUGGUAGCGGUGGUGGUUAUGGUUCUGGUGGUGGUGGUGGUUAUGGAGGCGGUGGUGGUAGAGGCGGUGGAAGCUGCUACAACUGUGGUGAGUCUGGUCACUUUUCUAGGGAAUGCACUCAGGCUAAGAGUGGUGGUGGAGGCGGUGGAAGUUAUGGCGGCGGCAGCAGAGGUGGUGGUGGUGGUGGUGACCGUAGUUGCUACAGCUGUGGUGGUUCCGGCCAUUUUGCUCGUGAAUGCCCCAACGGCGGUGGAAACUAGAAUCGGGACAAAGAAAAAGAGGGUAUGAACGUUCAAAUCUAUCUUUUAGAGUCUUUUUCUGUUCUUUUUUACUUUCGUACUGCUGGGGGUUUGUCUUUUGGAACAAUUUUUUGUUCAUAGAGUUUGAUCAAGGGCAAGUGUUGUACUUCAUUUUCUCUGUCUUACUCUUUACCGGAUAUGCUACUUUUAUUUACGUGUCUUUAGUCUUUACUUCUUGGUGGUCUUUAAGUUAUGGAGUCUUUUACUUUUGAAGAGUGAGUACGAACAUGUUGAUUGGAAGAACUGGUGUUUGAAAGAUAUUGAUGUACUCUCUCUUUCUCUGAAUAUAAUAGAGAUAUAUGGUUUAAUUAGUCUAUA